AGCUAAAGGAUACCGGGGGAUGCUUUCUUAUAACGAGCACCAAGGAAACGAAAGGACCAAUCAGCUGUCAGUAACAGCAGAAAGGAGGGGCGUGCAUAAUGAGUGUGUACACUGGUCUCUCAGUAUUUCCAUGAACAGAAACCGUUAUAGGAGAGAAGGUGCUGCGGAGUUGCGACCGACAGACCACCACCAUCUAAACGAUUUGUCAAAAUGACCUUGGGGCCAUAUACCCUUGAAUGGGCCUUUACGUUUUUAUUGUGUUUUGCAUUAUUUAAUGGUGCUUGGGGUGAUUGUGGUCCCCCUCCAGUUAAACCAAACACAAACCCCAUUAAGGAGACUUCUGGAACCACAGGACAAACCGUUGUUUACACAUGUGAUCGUAGUACUAGUUAUUAUGAAAUUCCAGGAAAAAGUACCACCAUUACCUGUCAAGCUGACAGCACAUGGACAAAUAUUGAAGAUUUUUGUUCAAGAGCUUGUGGUCUCCCAAAACGAAUCUCAUAUGCAGAGCCUAAACCAGGUGCUCUUAAUCAGAAUAUCUUUCUUCCUAAUGCAACAGUGUCCUAUGGGUGUAGGCCAGGCUAUACACGGGUUACUGGCAAAAAGAGUUUAUUAACCUGCUUAGAGGACUAUACAUGGUCGGAACCUGAAGUAUUCUGUCAACGCAGAUCAUGUGGAAAUCCUGGAGAAGUGGAAAAUGGAAACAUGGAGGCUACAGACUUUUUAUUUGGCUCUAGAGUGACCUAUACAUGCAAUGAAGGGUAUCGUUUAGUGAGCAGACGAAAUUUCAGAGAUUGCCAAGUAGAUGGAAUUUGGAGUAAUGUUCUUCCUCAAUGUGAUGCUGUAAUAUGUCCUGCACCAGAAUUACCAGCUGAUGGAAAAUAUGACCCACAAAAGGAUGAGUACAAUUAUUUGGAUUCUGUAACAUUUUCAUGCCAGAAGCCUUUACAAGUUGCAGGCAAUGCUUCUAUAUCCUGUACAGCAACAGGAAAGUGGAGUUCGGAUUCUCCUACAUGCAAAGCUGUAAAUUGCCCUAAUCCAGAUGUGAAAGAUUCAAGAAGACUGUCGGGGUUCAUUGGCCCAUAUACAUUGAAUUCUGCUAUAUCGUUUGAUUGUAAAAAAGGCUUCAUUCUGAGGGGGUCCGGUUCAAUCUCAUGCAACAUUGAUAGUCAGUGGGUACCCACAAUUCCACAGUGUGAAAGGAUAUCAUGUGGAGAUCCUGGUACUAUACAGAAUGGCCAGAUAUCUGCUCCAGAUUUCUAUGUUGACUCAAAGGCCACUUACACCUGCAAUGAAGGAUUUGCGUUUCCCUUGACUUCAUUGAGGAACUAUAGAAUAUGUCAAGAAAAUGGAGCUUGGAGUGAUUUAACUCUUGUUUGCACAGCAACAUGUAAAGCAAACUUUCACAUACCUCCUUUUGCAUUGCUUAAUGGGACCUCUACCAUUUAUUAUAAUGGUACAGUUGUGCGUUUUGAGUGCAAACCAGGUUUUAAUACCAGUAAUGGUAAGGAAAACACAAUAACCUGCAGAGACCAUAGCUGGUUGGGACCUGAAGAAUUCUGUACACGUAUAUCUUGUGGGGAUCCAGGGAAAAUAAUGAAUGGACAUGUGUCAGCUUCCGACAACCUAUUUGGCUCCAGAGCAAUAUACACCUGUGAAAAAGGAUAUGUGAUGAACACAACACAGAAUUUUACAGAAUGUCAAGCAGAUGGAACGUGGAGCACAGCAAUUGGCUGCAAAGAAUGUGAAACUUGUGGAGACGGGGAACAAGAGGACAAGCCGGAAGAAUGUGAAACUUGUAGAGACAUGGAACAAGGUGACAAGCCAGAAGAUGCAUCAAAAUCAGAAGGCAUUGGUAUUCGGGGGAUUGUAGGCAUAUGUUGUGGAAUAAUAAGUGCACCUGCAGUUGCAGCCGUUGGCUACCUUAUAUACAAACAUUUAAGUAAAAAACGAAAAACGGGGAAGCUGCAUCCCAAUAUCCCUAGUGUGCAAUAUAGCCAUUGCACAGCAUAAAUGCCUGAAGAGCAGAACAAAUACCUGAUGUGUCUGAAUGGAAACCAAAAAUAUCUUCUAUGCACUGAGCGCCACAUUUUCUAUGUAGCUAAUUAUGACUAUAAUGUGGACACAAAAAACAUUUCGAAUUAUCACACUGAUUGAGCAAUCUUUGCUCGCAUACAGCUGGCUGUGUUACAUUUUUUUUCUGUUAGACCAGCGACUUUUGACAUUCUUAGGGAGUAUAGUUAACUUUUUAGUUAACAUUUUUGCUGAAUCUUUUAUAUGUAUAUUGUGGCCCCAUGUAAAUUACAGCUGUAAAAUUACACCUUUUCUGCUUUUUUUAAGGUA